CAACAACAACAACAUCCUUCUCAUGGAGUCUGUUGUGUUUCCAGGUGAUAAUUAUGCAGGAGAUGGGCGGUUCACAUCGCAGCUCUCAGCGGGCCUUCAGCGUCCUGGACCGUCUGCUGCUCACACAUCCCGUGUGGCUGCAGCUGUCACUCAACCAGGACUCCGCCCUCUACAUCCUGCUCAGAGAGCCUGUUGGGACCUUUUUGGUGCGUAAAUGCAGCUUCAGCCAGAGGAAGGUGCUGUGUUUGAGAGCGACGGGGGACAAAAGUGCCUCCUCUGUUAAGGAGUGCUUCAUCUGUGAGGAGGACUCCACAUUCGCCUUGGAGAGCUCAGCGCUCACCUUCCCUGACCUGUGUCGCCUGGUGGCCUUCUACUGUAUCAGCAGAGAUGUGUUGCCCUUCCCGCUGCAGCUACCGGAGGCCAUCGCUAAAGCAGCAACACACAGGCAGCUGGAGGCCAUCUCACACAUGGGACAAGACUUCUGGAGCUCCCCGUCUGCUUCAGAGAUCCAAAACGGACCGGUGGACUCUGGUGCAGCAACCAGCGGCAGCCAGAGUCAGCAGGACCGGUUUACCCUGCUGACCCACGGGAGGCCCGGCAAACUCUGCUUCAUCAACCCUCUCUUCCUACAGCUGGAGCUUAGCAAGCAGCCACAACUCAUUAACCACAGUGCCUCCAAUAAGCGGCACCGCUUCAAGCGCAGCAUGCGUCUCCGGCUCUCCGAGUCCUCCAUGAAUCUGUCCCUGGAGGGGGUCAGCUCCUACUCGCCUCCCUCGUCCUUGGAGCUGCCCGGCGGCUCGGACAGGCUGCAGAAGGCCGGAGCCAACCCGCAGAGGCGAGUCCACCCCGGGGCGGGAGUCCUGAGGAGAACCCCCGCCGUAUCCCCGGGUUCUGCAGAGGAGGAGGACGUGAUGUCUGUCUACGUGCCAAAAACGUCUGCGAAGGUGGAGGAACCUCCGCAGCCGAAGCAGUCGGCCAAAUCCGAGGAGCCAGGCAUCGAAGUGGCGGUUCUGGCUCUGGAGCGUCGCCCGGCUCCAUGCCUGGCCGAGCUUGACAGCAGCAGCUCAUUCAGCAGCAUGGACGAGGACAAUGACUCGGAUUCUGAUCCUGAAAGCAUGGCCCGAACCCAAACUGACAUCUACCAGCGCCCGCCGCUCAUGCGCUCUCGAGGCCGUGGCGGGCUGCACCGCAUGAGCGAGGCGUUCGUGUGCUUCUUCGCUCCAGAUAAGCGGCUGACACGACUGGUGGAGGAGCUGUCCAGAGACAGGCGCUCCACCUUCGGGGGCAUGGUGCAAGACUUCCUCCUGGCGCAGAGAGAGGUGCUCAAAUCCCUGGCUUCCUCUUCUUCGUCCUCUUCACGGGUGACCUCUGUGCAGCUGCUGCAGGGUCUGCGCCUCUUCCUGUCCCAGGCUAAGUGCUGCCUGCUGGACAGCGGAGAGCUGGAGCCUCCCAUAGAAACCCUGGUGCCGGAGAACGAGAAAGACCUGGCGCUGGAGCGGGCCAUGUUCUCCUGUGUGCUGCGGCCCCUGAGGUCCCACCUGGAGAAAGCUCUGGUGGCGUUGCACAGCCAGGACGGCAGCAGCCAGCGGCUCACCCAGAACAUGAUCCGUCUGAAGGGGGACGUGGCCAUGGAGCGGCUGGGCGUGCGCACCGGCGUCCCCGACUCCCGCGAGGUGGAGAGGGUGAAGCAGAAGCUGCACCUGAUGCAGAGGACGCACUCACCCAUUGACAAGGUGCUGCUGCUGCUGCAGGUCUGCAAGUGCGUCCACAAGGCCAUGGGAUCCCUACACGGACAGGAAGUGAGCUGGGAUGACUUCCUGCCGUCGUUGUCUUACGUGAUUGUGGAGUGUAACAAGCCCCACAUCCUGAUAGAGGUGGAGUACAUGAUGGAGCUGCUGGAGCCCUCCUGGCUGGGAGGAGAGGGGGGGUACUACCUGACCAGUGUGUAUGCCAGCCUGUGUCUGAUCCGGAGUCUGGAGCGGGACAAGCCCUUCUCAGGCUGCCUGACAGCAGAGGCUCAGGAGGCUCUGAAGGAGUGGAGCUGCAGGAGGAGCCGGGAGGCCCAGAGGCAGAAGGAGAACCAGCUGAGCCAGCGGUGCGUUCGGAUACUGUUCCAGGACGGGGAGCGGAGCGCCGUGCGGACGUUGCAGUGGAGCGCCGGGGAAACCAGCCAGGCUUUGGCCCAGCUGUGCGCCUCCACCUUCGGCGUGUCCGACCCGCAGCUUUACACCCUGUACUGGCGCAGCGGCGGCGAGAUGAGGCCCCUGCCCCCCCAGGCGCAGCCCCAGGACCUGGCAAGCCACAGCGAGGGGGGGCCGUCGCUCUCCUACCUGAGGACCGAUCACGACUUCAGCAAGAUGCGGCGGCUCACCAGAGGUGGCGCCGUGGACCUGAGCGAGUCGGUGUGUGAGGAGUGAGUGGGAGGGGAAGGAGAGAGGAGGAGGGGGAGGAUGGAGACGGAUGGUUGCUCUCGCUUUUUCUCUCUCUUUCUCCCUCUCGUUCUGUCUCUUUUCUCUCCGGGCGGUGUGCGGUGUCUCGUCAUGGGUCAGGACUCGUUGUGAAUAACUUCAGCCGUCAGACUCGGAGCAGAACCUUUAACGGUAAACUCUUUCCUCCAGAGCAGAGCGGCGCAGCGGCGCUGGCGUUAGGACAGUCGUACCACUCAGUGUGGCUGCUGGUGUAAAGGAGUGUGUACUACUAUUUUUGUGACUGGAAAAUGUGUAAUAAAUGGAUGUUAUUUUGAAACAUGAACCCAGGGUUAUACCGUGAAGGGAUUACAUCAUUAGAAAACGUGACGAGGCUCAAAUCCAAAGACAAAUUCUGUGAGACUACUGUUGCCUGGAAACAAAAUCACUUCCUGUACGCACACGAGAAGGCAAAUUAUCCACCGUGGUGAUGUAACCCUCUCACUGUAUAGUUCUAGGUGAAACCUAAACGAGACACUUGGAUGUUCUAUUACUUUUGUGUGUAAAAGUCUGCAGAUCCUCGGAUGGAGUGUUAAAGGGUUUGGAGAAGCUGUCUGUGCCCCCUGGAAUACAGUUUGACAACAAAAAAAAAGGUGACACCUGUUACAGCCAAGACCAAACCUCAAAACCAAAGUGACAGAACACACACACACACACAGAUAGGACAUUUUGUCAUCAAAAAGGUGUUGAAGGAAAUCACGUUUAGAAGCUCUAAGGAAGCUUUAAAUCAGUGGUUAUUUUUAGAGUCACCCACAGAGACGAUAUUAUUUUAGGUUUUUGAGAAAAGCGCACACUCUCCUUGCUAUUAAGUGUUUUUGGCUGCUGGAGUAAUGGGCGAGUAGGAGGGAAGCUCUGUUUUCAAACCAUGUGAGAGAAAAAACAACCCGCGACAUAUUUACUGAAUGACUUGCGAAUGUAUCAAAAUCUUGUUUCCUUGUCGGACUUUAAUCCUUAAUCACAACUGCGUUACUGCUUCUUCAGUUUUCUCUCUUUGCCCGUACUGUAAGAUAACACACCACGUUACAACAAUAAGCCGGCACCUGAGGGUGACCGGUCGAAUGUAAAUGUAAAUGUCACCAGCUCCUGGCGACUCCUGCUGCAAGUCAUCACCAUCCACCGACUGUUCAUCCCUGAUUAUCAUACGAUGUAUUUUAAAACUUUUGAAUUGUUCAAUUUGUUGGGUAGAUAUCAAACCUAAGUAUGGAUUUGCGACACAUCUGGAGUUCAUCUGGAGAACUGUGUACGAUGUGUUUUUCUGGAACAUUGUUGCAUGCUUCUUUUUUUCAUUUAACGUGAAGGUUCUGCGGAUGUGGCGUGCGUGCGCGUGAAGCAUGUGUUCAUUGUGAGAGCUCACUAUUUGUUUUCUCAGUGUGAAAACACAUUACUGUAUUUUGUCAGGUAUCUCAGUAUCGCAAUAAAAAAUUGCAAUAUCUGUU